GGUAGUGUUUGGGUGUGACAAUGAACAGAUAUUUUUUAAAAAAAAAAAUUCACGGGCAGGAGCAUAUGCUCCUAAGAGCCGAAUUUGAUUUCUGUAUCUUCACAACCUUAACCCUCACGUGCCCAGAGCCUGCAUUACCUCAACCAUGCUACACUGGGACACUCAUGCGAAAGGGGCAAAAUCCAUACAAGCGUGCAAACACACCCUAAAUAAUACUCCCUCCGUAAAGAAAUAUAAAAACAUUUAGAUUACUAAAGCAGUGUGAUUUAAACACUCUUAUAUUUCUUUACAAAGGGAGUAGUUGCUAAAAACACCCUAAAUAAUUUGGCACUUCAUCUAAAAAUAUGGCACUCUUUUCUCGUGGAUAACUUCAAUCCAUGGAUCGGGUGAAGUGCGAACAAGAGUAUUAAUUACUAUAGAAACUGUCAAUAAUUUAUAGUAGUUUGCUACUUUGUUUCUUGUAUGUAUAGAGCAAAAAAAAUUCAUCGCCACGGCGUUUUCUAUGCCACUUCCUGGUCCUCAUUCAAAUGGCACAAGUGGCCUUUUUCUUAUCUAACCAUAAACCAUGCAGAAGAGCUGCAUGCCAUUCAUUCAUGGAGAGUACACUAUCAAAGUCGGCACGACACAAACACCACAACCUGACAAGUACGUGACAACCAUUACAAGUAUUACAACCAUUACAAGUAGCCUGGUGGCCAGUACGUGAUUCUCCCCUAACAAAUAUACCUGCUCGAGUAUUGCGGAAGAAAGGAACAUAUUCUGCAACAAAACCAUUCAUUCCUAAUAAUGCAGGAGAAGCCAUUGAAAAGCUGCUAAACAUGGUAAAAAAAUAAAUAGGCAUUGGGAUAGAUAUCCCCCUAGUUCUUCAAGAUAAACAAGACGUGUUCUAUCAGAACCGUUUCCUGCCAAGAAAAAAAAGUGUAGCAAGGAAACUGGAAAAGUAGUAAAUCUAUAUGGUUAUGUCAAGGAUUUCCAUCGCGAAGGAUUCAAUCGAAUGAGCUGCUAGCCAUUUCGUAUUUGUGCAUGUGGCAUUGGACUCUGGUCCCAUGCCUUUUGCUCGUUUAAAGCUAUUCUUGAGCAUCUGAUCCUCGAAGAAGUGAAUCUGAAGGGGUUCUUUUCGAUUAUAAGGAAAAGGACAGAGAGAAGGUUCGAAGCGGAAUUCUAGAGUCAAAGAAGCGGCUACUUUUAAUAAGAUAAUAGCAAUCUUGACUUACAUCAGGUCAAGGCCCCCGUGAAGGAAUGCUGAUUGAACAUCAAGCUAAUAAAGAGAGAGUACCAUACCCAAGAUACUCCAUUAAAGAAAAGGUAUGCUUGGUUGGUUUCUUUGGUCCGUCGUUAAACAGGAACUCAAAAACGGCAAUAACGGUGGAAUUAUGGAAUUUGAAUGGAUUGAGUACAUCAAGAUGAAGAAAUUCACGUAAUAAGCGGUAUUCUCAAAAUAUUCGGUUAUGCCUGAAACCUCAGUCCGCAUGGCACUGAAAAAGGUACAAAGAACCUGAGAUGUAAGUAAUGGCUGAAUAGCUGGGGAAACACUAAAUAAAGACAAGUGUCAUCCGGACUUGCUUGCUUGAUUGAAUUGAGAGAUGGAAAUGUUUCCUUCGGUCUUGUUUUUCCGAGCAUAUUCCACUUUUCGGGGUAAGCGGCAAAGCAUCGAAAGCAUGGAAAAGGUUGCCUGGUUUUCAACUUAUUUUUAUGUAAUAGUAACGUUGGCCGGUUUCCAACUUCCACUUCCACUUCUGAUUCUCCGCUAACAAACAGAGAUACCUGCUCGAGUAUUGCAGAAGAAAGGAACAUAUACGCUAUGGAGUCGUGCACCAAAGUGACAGUAUGUUUUUUUUACGCGUAAAGUGACAGUAUGUGCCGCACUUGUCGUAAAGUUUGGCUAUCAAACAAACAUACCCGAAAUGAUUCUGCCGUCCAAUCCCUUUACAAUCUAGUCAGAAGUUGUCCCUGCACACACAGCCGCGCAGCAUAAGUCUGAUGUAUAUAUACGGCUGCAGCACACAAGGUUAGGUGCCUGCUUCCUACUCUGCACUUGAAGCAUCAGAAGUAACCAGAGCCAAAUGAUUGCCAUGACCAUGAGAGCAGCCAACAUCUUCAUAUCCACCUCCUUCCUUUUCAUGCUGAUCUCAAAUGCUCUCUCAGCGGAUCAUGGCAGCAGCUACCUUGCGAGAGGCUUCUCGCCGGUCUCCAUCCAGAACGGCACCACCACCGCCAUCCUGGUGUCGCCAAGCGGCGCCUUCGCUGCUGGGUUCUACAGGGUGGCCACCAACGCCUUCGCCUUCUCCAUCUGGUUCACCGGCUCAUCGGGGAAGACCGUCGCCUGGACGGCCAACCGCGACGGGCCGGUGAAUGGCUCGGGGUGGCUCACCUUCAGGAAAGACGGGGGCUUGGCCCUUCUGGACUACAGCGGCACGGCCGUCUGGAGCACCAACACGACCGCGACCCGUGCCAGCCACGCAGAGCUUCUCGACAGCGGCAACCUUGUCGUCGCGGAUCCAGACGGUCGGAGCCUCUGGAGGAGCUUCGACUGGCCGACCGACACGCUUCUGCCAUCGCAGCCACUGACUUGGCAGACGAAGCUGGUGUCAGCAUCUGCCAGGGGUUUGCUCUAUUCAGGGUUCUAUACGUUACACUUUGACACUAACAAUGAGCUAAAUCUCUUCUACAAUGGCCCUGAGAUUAGUAGCAUAUAUUGGCCCAAUCCUUCCAACCAACCUUGGGAAAAUCUCAGGACUACUUUCAAUAGUAGCCGUUAUGCUGUUCUGCAAGAGACAGGCCAGUUUGUAUCGAGUGACAGCUUCAAAUUUGAAGCUUGUGAUCUUGGUGAAAAGGUCAUGAGGAGGUUGACUCUAGAUUACGACGGCAACCUUAGGCUCUACAGCCUAAACGAGACAACAGGCAAUUGGUUGGUCUCUUGGAUGGCAUUCAGCCGAGUCUGCGAUAUACAUGGACUGUGUGGCAAAAAUAGCAUCUGCACAUACCUACCGAAGCUUGAGUGCUCUUGCCUCAAAGACUUCGAGGUGGUUGAUGCAAGCGACUGGAGCAAAGGGUGCAGGCGCAAGUCAAACAUAGCAGCCAACUCACAUAAACUGAGAAGAAACGAGACAAACAUCACGACCACCCAGGAUUUCUCAUUCAGAAAACUCGCAGAUACUGUGUUCUAUGGGUAUGACCUGGACUUCACUGAUCAGGUGCCGAUUCAGUAUUGCAGACGCAUGUGCCUGGACGAAGUUGAUUGCCAAGCUUAUGCUUACCAUCCGGGAAGAGGUGAAUGUUAUACGAAGGUGUACCUUUUCAAUGGCAGGAACUUGACAUAUCCAUCCACUGACAUUUAUCUGAAAGUUCCCAAGGGGUUGCUGCAUUCGCCAGAAGUGGCUUCUACAGUAACCCAUGAAUGCAAAGUUCAUGAAAAAGAGGUCAACACUUCAUCGCCAAUGUCCAAGGAUAGCUCUUCUAAGUUUGGCUACUUCCUUUCUUCUGCACUAACGCUGCUUUUCAUUGAAGUAACUUUAACCAUCGUCGGGUGUUGGGUCGUUCACAAAUGGGAGAGAAGACCAGAUAUUACUGAUGAAGGUUACAGGAUAAUGACCAACCAGUUCCGAAUAUUUAGCUACAAGGAGUUACAGAAGGCAACCAAUUGCUUCCAAGAAGAGCUAGGAAGUGGUGGGUCAGGGGCAGUUUACAAGGGAGUCCUUGAUGAUGAAAGGAAGAUCGCAGUGAAGAAGCUAAAUGAUGUGCUCCAAGCAGAGCAGGAGUUCAGGUCUGAGGUAAGCGUCAUAGGCAGAAUUUAUCAUAUGAACCUGGUCAGAAUCUGGGGGUUUUGUGUCGAGAAGACACGCAGGCUCUUGGUUUCUGAAUUCAUUGAGAAUGGUUCUUUAGCCACAGUUCUGUUUGACCAUCAGACCAUAUCUCCUGUGCUCCAAUGGAACCAAAGGUAUAAUAUUGCACUUGGGGUGGCAAAAGGACUCGCCUAUCUCCACCAUGAGUGCCUUGAAUGGAUAGUGCAUUGUGAUGUCAAACCAGAGAACAUAUUGUUAGACAAAGACUUUGAGCCCAGGAUUGCAGAUUUUGGACUGGUUAAGCUACAAAAGCGAGGAUCAAGAGCACUGAUGUUGUCAAAGGUACAUGGGACCAGAGGAUACAUUGCACCGGAAUGGGCUCUAAAUCUUCCAAUCACUGGUAAGGCCGAUGUUUACAGCUAUGGAGUAGUGCUUCUUGAGUUAGUGAAGGGGAUUCGGGUCUCCAGUUGGCUGGUUGAGGGUGAGGAGGAGGUGGAAAUGGCUGUUAGAUGCUCUACUGAAAUUCUUAAAGAGAAACUAGCAGGCGAAGACCAGUCAUGGCUUCUGGAGUUUGUCGACCACAGACUAGAUGGAGAAUUCGACCAUUCGAAAGCGAUAGUAAUGCUUAAGAUGGCAAUAUCAUGUGUGCAAGAGGAGAGGAGCAGAAGACCGAGCAUGAGCCAGGUGGUCGAAACUCUGCUUUCACUUGUGGAAUAAUGUUCAGUAUUGUAUUUACUAUUUUCACAUCUAGCUGAAGUAAGAAUAAUAUUCUGUGAUGCUGUAGAAAAA